AAAUGGUGAAUACUAGUGUCUAUGACAAAGUUGAAUCUUUUGAUUUUCAAGCAUCUUGUCUGAAAACGGAAGAAAAACAAGCUACAGCAGCAGGUGCUAGAUCAUUGCAUAUUCCAUCUUUACCAGAAGCUCUCACCCUUAACUGGUGGGCAACCAAAGCUUCAUGGAGUUAUAUUCAGUACAAUCUUUAUAAUAUACUCUUCUCAUCCUGGUCAACAACCGUUCUUGCUCAAGAGGAAGAAAGUGCCAAGAAAGAAGAAAAUAUAAGUUGUAUUAAACUUGAAAAACAAUAUUAUUAUGGUCCAAUGAGUCAAGAAUACAGUGACCAACUUGUAUGUAGUAAUAACUGCAGCAGGGACUGGAGUGUGAGUCGAGUUCCUGGUACUAAUUUGCUUCUAGUAAUAAUUGAACCUGAUUGUGGGUCUUGUCCUAAUAUUAUAGUUAAGCAAGAACCAGAGAAAGUAGAUGGCCCAGAUCCCUGUGUAGCUGCAACACAGCCAAGAUAUAGAAUGAGGCCUGGUUUUUGUUAUAAUAAUCAUCCACAAGCUGAUUACAGUGAUUGUGGCAAAGGAUCUAGCAUAUCAGCAUCAAUAUUCACUGUACUUACUCAUCUAACAUGUGCAUUUUUGAUAGUCCGGCUUUUCUAAAAAAAAAUAUAUGAAUAAUAUAGGCUAGAAUGUUAAAAUGUCAUCCCACCUAUCACAGUAGACUGCUGCCUCAUACUUUGCAUGAUAAUAUGUAGGUAAGUUAGAUCAUGUGUAUUGCCAAUUUUAAACACUCAGGGAGAAUUGGCAUUGCUGAUGUAGAAUAAGCACCAGAUUAAACAUGUACAGGUUCACUGUCAUCUCUGCUUAGCAAAGUCUCGCUUUGAUGGUCCAGAAAAUAUUUAAUUGAUUUCUCUUUAGAAAAAAGAACAAACAAAAAACUUGUACUACAGCAUUAACAACAGGUGACAGUUUUUUACAAUAAUGCCAAAUUUGUAUUUAUUAAUAAGAAUGAUAGUGUUUUUUCCCUGGAAUGUUUUCUAUUUACCUCUGAUCGUAUGUACAGUAGUUUUAUUUAUGUUGCAGUUUUUAGUUGUCUAAUAUGGUUCAUAUAUUGAAUAUUUACAUAUACCUCUCAUUAGCCAUGACAUUUUUAGUAGCAUACAAUUAUCAAAACACCUAAUAUGUCCUGAUUAGAUACAUAUAUGUAGCUAGUCAUAGCAAGUUUUUAAUAUUUUUCAUUGCUAAUGUUAUUGAUGAAGGUCAUACAAAAAUGUACUUGUUUUUUAGAAACUCAUUGAAAGCAUUCAAUUUCUGCUCCAUUAUCAUAGAUCAUAAUUGUAUUGACACCAGAUUAGUGUUUGCUGACCUGGCUACCAUUCAGUGUUUUGAAAUAGCCAUGGAAAUGUUAAGAUGAAAAUUUCUAAAACAUUAAUGAAAUGCUUACAGAUUUCAUUCUGACUUUUAAAUGCACCUUGAACAUUUAAGUCUGUAUACUUCUAAUUGAGCUAUUAUGUUUAACACAUUUCCUGCUGAAAGCCUCUAGCCAAUAGUGAAAUUGUGAAAAAAACAAUAUCAGCCAGCUAUGUGUUAAUAAGUACACUAUAUACGAUUGUCAGUUCUUUGGGACACCUUUUUAUUUGUAACAUGUAAUUGCUUUGCUGCUAUUCACAUCUAUAUUGACUGAACCAUUUUAACAGCAGAUACGUAGUGAACAAUUAAACUUGUUUUCUGAGAAUUUAAAACUUAGAUAAUCAAGUAUUGAUAGGUAGUAUUUUAUUGGAUGUAGUUGCUGGAUUGAGUUUCUUUUGAAGCAUUAACUAUAAACUGCCACGUCAAUUUGUAUAAAGUUUAAAUUUUGUACAGUUCAACAUUUUUUCUUCUUCAUUUUAUCUAUGUAAUAUUGUUGAUGCAUGUUAUUUACAAGAUUGCUUAACAGUGAAGUAUACUACUUGUUUUGUUUUUAUAUAUUUUCCCUGAGUAAAUAUAACUUGGGUUGUGCAAUCUUACUUAUGUUAUCACUUUAUUGAUGAUACACAUACCAAAGAAUCAUGAAUCCGGCAUUUUAUAUUUUGGUCGUGCCAAAUGAUGGUUGGUUGUCGAGGUGUGUAAAUUUAGAUGAUAAACUAAUAUAAUAACAUAUUAAUAAUAAACUGUAGUGUUAAUUUAUCUCAGAGAUAAUGGCUCAAUAAUUACUAUAAUUGUGAAAUUUGAAUUUUAGCAUUAAUUAGGGUUAGGUAAUCAUAUUGUUAUUUGCCAUGACAACUGCACUAUUUAUGACAUUGGUAACCACUACAAUUACAAAGGUUUUCCAGUCAUCAUGUAAAUAUAUUGUAUAUACAUAACUUUUAUGUUGUCUUCUUAGAUUCACCAAUAUGUUCUAUUUAUUUCUAUUUAUUGUAAUAAAGCCAUAUUUUAUUGCUAUUUAUGGUAGAAAUGAAAUAAUUUUAUUAAAAUUUUAUUAAUGCACAUGUAUUAAUAAGUUUUUAUAUAUUUUAUGCUGUUUUACCAAUUUUCAAAACUCAAUAGCUAUAAACAUGAUAAUGUGAAUGGUGUAUACUUGUUUGCAGUAUUUGUAACAUGGGAUAGACAUUAUUUGAUGUCAUUGUGGAUACUCAUACUGGACUAGCAUGUAUUUGCUUUUUUGCAUUAUGUAGAAACCCAUUUAUUUAAUGAAAUGAAUAAAAGUUAAGAUGACAAGCCAUAAUAAUUCACAUACAGUGUACUUAACACUGCAAUAUAUAAAUUGGGUAAAAUAAGUCUGCCAACAUUUAUAACCACUCUUGUCUAUAGUCUUUUUGUUGAAAACACUUGUAGCGACAUUAAUAAAGUAAAAUAUGCCACCUACAUAGUUUCGGAUAUAUACAAAACCAUUUAUUAUGUUAAUUAAUGAAAAGAGCACAUGAAACCAUUAUAAAACUUGAACAAAAAGUGAAUUGCAUUUUGUAUUCUUGCAUUAUGCUUUUGUGUUUUUGAAAAUAAAUCAUAAAGACAAAAACAGGUUAUAUUAUUCAGAAAUUUGGUAUCAGCUUGGUUUUGUACUUGUAACUAAUUGGAUGAGUGGUUUUAGAGAUCAUUUGAAUUUAAUAUAUUGUGUAAUUAGAUCAAAACAAUAAACUAAUUUACAUAUCAAUAGAUAACAAAUGAAGGUACUUUGGAUAACUUAAAGCGCGGUGGUCGUCGCGCAGCGCGUGUUCGAAUUUCAUGUAAAUAAACAAUGUAUUUUACACACGUAUACGUCGCUAUUAGUCCCAUAUUGAACAGGACUUUAAAUGAUUCUGAAACCAUCUGUGACAAUGUUCAGUGAAAAAUGUAAAUAUGAGUAUUUCAUACAAGUAUAUUUGCUGCAUUGACUAUAUAAAUACAUUACACAUGUGUGCAAUAAAUGGUAAUUUUUACAGAAUAAUCAUUCUGAAAAGGAAUGUUUCCAUUAUGAUCGAUAUGCAACAAAAUUAUGUCCCAAUUUUCCUAAGAGUAAACAGCUUUUCAGCCUUAUAUUUUGCUAUACAUGCUGUAUUUAUUAUUAUUAAAUCUAUUGUUUUUGUGAUAUUUCAAUUGUUUAGUUUCUUUUUUAGAUAUCAAACUGUCAUUUGUAAAGGGGUUACCCAUUCUAAAAGAAACUUCAGUAAAUUGGUAGUCUAGUAUCUUCUCCCUAUUUGUCCCCAAGGUGCUGAACAGUCAUUGUGUGUUUUGCCUCCUUUUUCUCAUGUCCAUCUUACCUUCAAACACUCCUCCAAUUUUCAAUAGGGUAAUCCCCAAUGAGAAUAUAAAUGAUCAAUGACAUUCACAAACUACGCCAUCCGAGUCUAACCAUUUGUGCAAUUAAUAUGUAGUAAUUUAUGCAUUGUAUUUAUACCUCGCUGCACUGUAGAUAAAUAUUUGUACGAUCCUUUUCCAAUAAACAACAGAUUUUGUUAUCCA